UCUCGUCCGUCCUUCAAGUUCCCAUGAGGCUGCAUGCUGACCUUGUUUUGCUCAAGAAUUGCAGAAGAUCGCAAUGGCAUGCGCAUUGGAGGGAGUCCAAACAAAAGCUUCGACGUGACAGCUACAAAAGGCAAACAGCAAAUGUAGGCGUAGGAGCUGAGUAGCCAUGGCUGCUGUCAUGAUGGAGGAUCCCAGCUUGGGCCAACCGGCAGAGGCAGAGUCCGCCAGUCUUCAUUUGCAGGACAUGGAGAUGGCGUACAAAAUGCAGCUCCAUGAAGUCCUCCUAGCUUCAUCACAUACGGCUACACAGAACGGCAUACCUGCAGGAAUUGACGACUACACAAGAGAGAUACUGGAUGUCGAAGUUGAGACACAGGAGCAGCAGGAAGCCCUGCGGCGGCAAACCGAGGAGGUUGAGCGAGCACGUGAAGCAACUGCAGGGGAAAGAGCUGCCGCAGCUGCUAGGCAAGAGGCAGCGAUGCAGUACAGGCUGGAGAAGAGCGACGCCAAUUUUGCAAGGUACCUUGACGAACUAUCCGACAGCGAGUGGGAGGACUAUGGAGACAUGUACGACAUCCACUCACUCCCUCCAGAAGAGCGCGACUUUCCGGAGCAAGUGCAGCUGCGCUGCCUAGGCAUUGCCGAAAACGACCGUGCCGGCGCAGGGGCCCUUCUGAUUGGCAGCAACGACCAGCCCUUGAUGGAGCUCAGUCCUCAGCUAGAGGGUGUUCACACCGCGUGCACCGCAGAGCUGCAAGUUAUCUUGGAAGGCCUGCGAGCCGUUCGUGCGCUCGGUUUCCAGCGGCCCAGGCUAGCCCUCUCCCCGUUUGUCCUGCUGAAGCUCUCCGGAAGCGUGGCGCCUAUCGAUGCCACUGAGCUGUCCACUCUAGUUGCCGUCCAGGGGCUGAUCGCUGAGCUUGGGGCAAAUGUGAAGGGCGUCCCAAUCGAACGGAACAAGCGCGCUCUCAGGCUCGCCAGGACGAGCAUUGCCAAAUAUGUGAACGAGCCCCCACCUGUUCUUAGCCAUCCAGUCCUGCCUGACGAAGCGAAGGGGGUUCAAGAGCCCUGCCCAAUCUGUCUGGAGAACCACCCCCCCGCCGCAAUGUUCGCCCUCGCGCGCUGCCGCCACAAGUUCUGCAAGGCCUGCGCGGCACAGCACGCAACGGUGCGGGUGCGCGCGCGCGCCCUCCCGGUGCCCUGCCCGGACCCAGGGUGCGGCGGCGAGUUCUCCCGUGAGGACUGCGAAGUCGUCCUCCCGCCCGACGUGUUCGGACUGCUGCUGGACGUCCAAGCCGAAAACUGCAUCCCGGGGGAGGAGCGCGUGUACUGCCCCUACAAGGACUGCAGCGUGAUGAUGUCAGCGGGAGACUGGGGGGGAGCGGAUGCGCCGAGCUCGUCUUCGCACCCGCAUCGGACGGCCGUUGGGCGGGUGGAUUGCGUAAAUUGCCGGCGGCCCUUCUGCCUGGAGUGCCGGGUUCCGUGGCAUCAGCGGAUGACCUGCCGUCAGUACCAGGACCUGCCCCCCGACCAGCGUGCGAUUGAAGACGUGAAGCUGCACAACCUGGCCGCAGAGAAGCAGUGGAAACAGUGCCCCGCCUGCCGCCGCAUGAUCGAGCUAGCCGAGGGGUGCAACCACAUGACCUGUGUGUGCGGCACCGAGUUCUGCUACGUGUGCGCGAUGCUCUGGCGCGGCGGGCGGGCCACAUGCGAGUGCCCGCUCUUCGAUGACGUGGCGGAGGAGAACGAGGAGCAGGUUCGGCAUGACUACGAGGCGGACCGCAGGCGCAGGCUCGUAAGAGCAUAUAAGACGAGGUUGUGUGUGCAUUACAUGAGGGGGCAUUGUCGGAACGGGGACUGGUGCCGGUUUGCGCAUGGGGAGAAUGAGCUGAGGUAUCCCGAAGACAAUAUGGAGGACUAGCAGGUGUAUAGCGAGUUCAAUUUUCAUGGCAAUUAGAAGGUGAUGGAACGAGCUGACAAGAGAUCGGUGACCCAAGAGAAGUGUGUCAUGCGCAGCUCGAGGAGAAUCAGUCGGAUGCAUGCAGACUGCUUCAUGAAAGCUGCAACUGACCGCUUACAACAUGACUUGAAGCGAGACUCUAAUUCACAGACAAUUUGUUCGGCAUGCAUACGGUACGUCUCACAUACACGUG